CGUGCUCCGGGAUAAGUGCGUGCGAGGGAUCCGGUAGCGCAGCAGCGGCUAGCGGUCUGCUUCGACCAGUCAGUCCGUCGCGUCGACGAGCCUGACCGACCACUGCGCCCGCGCACCACCGCAUCCGCAGCGCCUCGGUUCCGCGGCUUUACUCGUUGGGUGCUCCAGCCCCUGUGCCAUCUGCUUUCUACUAAUCUCCCAGCUAAUGCAUGCCACGACCGAGGUGCCUGUACGUAGAAGUAUUCAAAGCAAACAAAGCUUUGUGUUUCCCAGCAAUGGCAUUGGCAUUGGCAUUGUCAUUUCUCCCCCAAAUAAUCUCCCAGGCAAAGGCAAGGCGAUAGGAAAAUCAACCUGUGCCAUUGCCAAAGCCCAAGCGAAUCUGAUCCUAUAAAUCCUAGCCCUGCCCUGGUUCCCCUAGCUGAGCAAGCUCCUGCACUGCCGUCCCAGUCCCAGCAGCAUAGCCACCAGUUCAGUUCCGCAUCUUCUCCUCGGCAGCUCGGCUCGACGCCUCGUCUUUAAUAGCCGCACUGUGGCCUCGCUGCGGACCAUGCUUCGCCACUGCACCGGCAACAGCCACCACCAGAGCGUCGCAACUGCUGCCCCGGGCAAAACCAUGGCGUCCACCACCUUCUCGCUCUUCUUCCCGCUGCCCACCAAGGGCCCGUGGCCGCCGGCGGCGGCGGACGAGGCAGGUGCGUUCGACGACGACCGCAGCUCCAUCACCACCUCCCCUUCGUCCCCGUCCUCCUCCUCGUCCGCGGGCUCCGUCGACUGCACGCUCUCGCUCGGGACGCCCUCGUCGCGCCGCGCCGCCGCCGAGCCGGCGGAGCAGGCCAAGCGCGCCGCCGCGCAGCCGGCGUACCCGUCCGUGUCCGCGUCCGCGUCCGCGUCCGCCGUGUCGUGGGACGUUGCCGCCGAUCAGCCCUACUACUACUGCUGCCACGGCAGCAAGCCCGCUGCCGCCGGCGCGGCCAAGGGCGCCGUGGCGCGAGCCGAGCACGACCAGCUCCUCGUAGACCGCCGCUGCGCCAACUGCGGCACCUCGUCGACGCCGCUCUGGCGGAACGGACCUCGCGGGCCCAAGUCCCUGUGCAACGCCUGCGGCAUCAGGUUCAAGAAGGAGGAGCGGCGCGCGGCGGCGACGGCGAUGGACCAGGGCCAGGGCGCGUGCGGCUACGUCGCGCAGCGGGCGCAGUACGGGACGAAGCAGGCGCCCGCCGACGCCGUGCCCUACUACGGCGAGGCGGCGUUCCCGUGCGGCGGCGGCGACGUCGCGGACGCCGAGGCGGCGCCGUUCCUCGCGUGGCGGCUGAACGUCGUCGCGCCCUCGCCGGCGCCGGCGCCCGCGUUCGCAGUCUGGCCGGAGCGGACGAGCUUGUUCCAGUACAACUAGUGCUGUGGAGGAGCAUUUGUCUCGGUGGUGCAACGGUUUUUGGGGCCUUUUGUUGCACGGUUGCACGCGGAUGAACUUGGAAGGUGUAGUGUGUGGCACGGUGGCGGCAGUUGGCUUCGUAUGUAUUUUAUUCAUCGCGAAAUUUAGCUGAUGGAAUUAAUUAGCGUGCCCUGCUCUUUUCAACAAUCUGUCAUAUGAAAUGGGGUUCCAAAAUUCGAAUUACGAGCGA